UGCCAUGCUGCCCCUGAGCCUCCCCUUGCUGCUGAACAUAGCUCAGGGUCUGUUCUUCCUGGUAGCAUAAGCUGCCUCCAUUGUAUCAGAUGCUCUGGAUUGAAGACAACAAGCCCAAGGGAUUUACUGCCUGUGUCUCUUGUGUGUGCCACCUUGUUGAUCAUUUAUCUCCUAAUUGGGGCUACUUGCCUAUUUUAAAGGCAUUUCUGCCCCUGCCCAGCCCUGUAGUGGUUCUGCUUUGAUGGUAGUAGACCCUGACACUCCCAUCUCAGAUCCUUCUGUUCUGGCAGGCCCUGCAGGAUUAAAGAUGCACCUGAGCUCAGCCCCUCCCAUAAGGCUCCUUUCUGAGCUCCAAGGUCUCUGUGCUCUAUUUUUUACCAUAGAACUGCUCUUCCUGUGACCCAGAGGAGCAUCAGGAGCCACAGGGUGGCGGAGGUUGGCUGAUGCCCCGGCCUGGGUUAUGUCUGGGUGAGCAGAUAGUGAUGUGGCGGCCACCACUUAGUGCACCAGGAGGCGGAGACCAGGGCAGCUGCGGACCCCGGGGUGGCAGGUGUGCAGAGAAGAAGCCUGAAGCCAGUGGCCCAGAGGGAGAGCCCUGCCCAGAGCUCCACGUGGAGGCGGCGGAGACGCUGACACGGGCCUCCACAGCAGGCCCUGACGGCGGAGGGGUCCACCCCGAGCAGCCAUUCACUGUGCUGGGCCAGGAGGAGUACGGAGAGCACCACUCCUCCAUCAUGCACUGCAGAGUGGACUGCUCGGGGAGGAGGGUCGCCAGCUUAGACGUAGACGGGGUCAUCAAGGUGUGGUCCUUCAAUCCCAUCAUGCAGACCAAAGCGUCCUCCAUCUCCAAGUCGCCGCUGCUCUCUCUAGAGUGGGCCACCAAGCGGGACAGGCUGCUCUUGCUGGGCAGUGGCGUGGGGACAGUGCGCCUUUAUGAGACGGAAGCCAAGAAGAAUCUCUGUGAAAUCACUAUCCACGAUGAUAUGCCCAGAAUCCUGUCUCUUGCGUGCAGCCCCAGUGGGGCCUCUUUCAUCUGUUCGGCUGCGGCUCUGAGCCUCACUUCUCAGGGGGACUUCUCGGCCCUGGACAUCGGCAGCAAGGGCACUAACCAGGUUCCUGGCAAGCUGUUGCUGUGGGACACGAAAACCAUGAAGCAGCAGCUCCAGUUCUCCCUGGAUCCAGAGCCCAUUGCUAUCAACUGCACAGCCUUCAAUCACAAUGGAAACUUGCUGGUCACAGGGGCGGCUGACGGCGUCAUCCGGCUGUUUGAUAUGCAGCAGCACGAGUGCGCGAUGAGCUGGAGGGCCCACUGCGGGGAGGUCUACUCGGUGGAGUUCAGCUACGACGAGAACACCGUGUACAGCAUCGGCGAGGACGGGAAGGUGGGUGAGCAGGGUCUGGAUCAGGAACUUCCCUCCCUCUGGCUCAGGCAUCUGAGAUUCCAGAGCGCACCAGAAUAGCAUGAUGGGCUGGGUUUAAAUCCUGACCAUAGCUUUUACUAGCUCUGACCUUGAGCCUCUCUCUACCCUGUUUUGUUGUCUGUAAAACAGGGAUAAUAAAAGUGACCAAUCUGAGGGGAUCUUUGUAAGAUUUAGAUGAGUUCAGUGUGCAUUGGCCAUUCUUAUGAAAGAGGAGUACCCACAUCCUUCCUCCUUGUUGUAGCAAAGUGACUCAUCCCACUGUAGAUGGAGCGGUGGGGUCCGGAUUUGGGGCCAGGUUGUGCUGCCGUGAGCGUGAUUGUUGGAUGGUCACAGCAUGGAUGUCUCAAGUUUGCCAGGGGUAGCUGCAUAGGCCUGAGCAGAGUCAAGAAUUGUAAAAAGGAAGCUGGGGGAAAAGGUAAAACUAAGUGCCCCCUUGUAGAUUUUCUACAGGGUGGGGCAGACAGAGGUGGGAGACAGACUUGCUGUUCAUGUAUGCUCUCCUGGACCUUUUGGAUUUUAUACUAUCUACCUGUAUCAUCCUUUGUUCAUAGGAUUCCUUCUAUGGUUUUGUAAGUUCUCCCGGUAUCCUUCCUUCCUAGUUACAAGAACCAAUAAAUCCCAUCUCCCAUGUUUUGAGUUACACUUUUCUAAUUUCCAGCCAAAAGGGCCCUAACAAGUUUCACAGAGAUCUCCUAUGUGGCUUAGCAGGGAAUUUGGACCCUGUGGCCACCACUCUUGCUGCACCAGGGCAGAACCGUCUGACUUAUUUCACUUAGAAUAAUGCCCUCGAGGUCCAUCCAUGUUGUCACAAGUUGCAAGAUUUCAUUUGUUUUUAUGACUGAAUAAUAUUCUAUUGUGUGUGUAUGUGUGUGUGUAU